AUGAGUAUCGGGGGCCAUCCUCCUUGGAAUUUUGUCACUCUGUUUUUCUUGCUGGUCAAAGUGCGAGUACUGACAGGGGUUUUUGUUCUUAGAUUUGGCCACCGGAGAGGAUUGGUUCGAUUGGUUCAAAGGAGUAGGACACGGCCAGGCCCUGCAUUUGUUGGUGCAUCUUCAUGUCUACCAUUUGAUACUUCACAAUUUUGGUCCUUGCCCCCCGGAAGCCAACCCCGUUCAGCGAAUCUAUGGCAUGAUUCAAUUGGUGUGUCUCAUGUCGUAACUCAUCCGCCUCAGUCUCGUCUUUCGUUGACGCCGGAGCACAACGUAGUAGUGCUCGGGGGCGCAUCUCUGCGGAAAUCCUUACAAAGUAUCCGAACCGGCUGUGGAGAUUGGAAAAGGAAAUCCCUAAAUGCAUCUCUGAAACAAUGA